GCAAUAUGAAAAGCCUUCCUUAACUGUUGACUGAAUAAUUCAGUGAUUUAUUUGGAGUAAUUUUAAGAUUUUAUGUCAAAUGAAAGCUAUUUAAUAUUCGAACUGGAAACUGAUUUAUAAUUGUUCCAUUCAGAGGCACAUUGUUUAUAAACCAUUCAUGCCAAAUGCAGGAAGGUGAAGGGGCAAAUGAUGAAGUAUAUAAUAUUGAAGCACAAAAGCGGAUUGAAUUUAUCUCUGAAAGAGAAAGAUGCAUAGAUCGUGGACCAGCAUGGAUUAAGGCGUUAUGUGCAUUUAUCAUAUUAUCAAGUCAUUAUGGUAUACUAAAUUGUGGUGCCCUAUUCUACCCUGGACUAGAAGAAACCCUACAGCUUCCACUUAAUGUUUUAUGCUGGCUAAUGACUGGACAGUUUGCAAUCACAUUUUGUUUAGCGCCAAUAUAUAAUCGUUUAUUGGAUUUGGUUGCCAACAGACCUGCUACUGUAGUGGCUGUUACAGUCACGAGUGCAGCAAUGAUUUUGUCUGUAUUCUUUAACAGUUAUUUGGGAUUCUUUCUUACUUACACGCUAGUUGCAGGUAUUGGAAUGGGUAUCAGUUUUGUUCGAGUAAUAGCUGUUAUGGCUGAAUACUUUGAUCAGUAUAGAGUGCUUGCAUUGGCAAUUUGUAGUAGUGGUGCUGGUUUUGGAACUGUUAUCUACUCACAAUUAGGCAAUUAUAUGAUUGAUAAUUAUACAUGGCGUAUUGCUUUAAUCUCAUUCGCUCUAGUUCAUUUACAUGUUAUCCCAUUAAGUCUGUUAAAUCGUCCACUUUCAUCAGAACAAAUACCAGAGCCUACAAUUCUAUUGCCUGAUGAUCCAAUCAUGUCUACAAUGAGUAUAAAAUCUGUUACAGGAUUGCCAAAUAUUUAUGCUUCAUGUAUAAGUACAACUGGUGGUGGUGGCAGUAUUUUAAGUAGUAUUGAUAAUAUGAGUCAAAAGUAUAAAUCACAAACAACACGUAAUCGACUUACAGGAAAAGAUAUAAUUGGUGUUGUAGAAUUUAUUAAAAUUAGCUGUGACAAAUCUGAUACAAAUCAGUUAACUGUUAGUCCAAUCAAUUUUAUCAAUGAUUUAGAACCACAAAUAUUAGAGCGUAUACAAACAGUAGCUGAUGAAUUCUUUGAUAAUAUUGAGAAUGCUACUAUAGAAAUACCACUAGAUAAUACAGAUGAUUUACAAUACAACAUGUUCCUUCCUAUUAUAUUCUUAGUAUGUAAUCAGAUGACUGGACUGCAAGAAAGUUUUCCAGAAACCCAAACAUUAAUUGAUAGUAAUCUGGGUGGAAUUGAAAAGUUGUUAGUUGAUCGUACUAACUAUACUGGAUCAACAGUAAUUACCAAUAAGCAAACAAGUAUAGGCCAAAUACCCAAUAUGAAUCAAUCGAUACUACAGAGAACAACACAAAAAUCAACUUCAUUUAUCGGUGAUUCCAUUACAUCAAGUGUGAUUAAAGCCUAUGAUAUUAAACAUACUGAGAAUAUAAUACGUGCAAUUAUUAAACGUGCUACAAAUAAAGUCAUGCAGAUUUCCAAGGAAUUGACUACAAGAAAUCUACUAGUUUAUCCUAAACCAUUGAUUGUAGUUGUUAGUCAACAAUUUGUAGAUUCAAUAAAUCCAAAAUUACCAUUUGAAGAUCGGUUAAACGCUUCAAGAUAUCCGAGACCAGGUGAAAAUACAAUUUUUGAAGAAAAUGAAACUGAGAAUCAAAAUGAAGAUGUUGAUUACGAUGAUGACAAUCUUGGUAUCAAAUGUAAACUGACUGUUCAAAAUUCUGGACGAAAUAAACUGAUUUCAUCUGGAUAUCAAUUGACCAAUUCACAUUUAAAUUUACGUCAUCCAAAAACAUCUUAUGGAUCCAGAGGAUAUAUAGAUCAAAUUAUACAAAGUGGAGUAACUAUUUACCAAAGUCAAUCAGUAAUUGCACCACUGUACAAGUACAAAGACUUACCUCUUAUACCUAGUCGUUUAUCAGUAACUUCAGUGAGUGAGCCAAAAGAAGCUGUUGACUUGUUGAUCUCUAAGAUUGAUGACAAUGAACAACAUGAAGAGUACCCAUCUGAUGUAGAAAUGGAUAAAGGCAAAAAUUCAGUUAUAAACUUGAAAAAUACAUUAUUUCUAAGCUUCCUAUUAACUCGUACACUAACCUAUAUAGGUGAUUCUAUAUUGUUUGCACAUUUCAUUAAUUUUGGCAAAAGUAAUGGACUACAAGAAGAACAAGCAACUGGUCUACUUGCUUACGUUGGUAUAGCAAGUAUGUUAGGCAGAUUAGGCAUUGGGAUUAUUGGACAAUUUUCAGAAAAAUUAGAAAUUCGUUCAAUUGUAGCAAUUAGUCUAUUUAUAAUAGCCAUACACACUGUAUUUAUGCCUUUCUAUCCAACGUAUCCUGCAUUAGCUGCUUAUGGUAUAUGUUAUAGUCUGUUUGUUGGACCAAGUUUUGCAUUCUCAAAUUCAAUGACUAUUGAAAUUAUGGGUGAUAAAAAAUGGAUCGCAGUUUAUCUUUGGUACUGUUCUUUGAAGCAAUAGGCUAUCUCAUUGGUGGACCUCUAGGAGGUAUUAUCAAGGAACAAACAGGAGAUUAUUCAUUUACAUUUUUAUUCUCUGGAUUGUGUAAUGUGAUUGCAUCUAUCAUUAUAACUGUACAUGCUUUAAUGAAAUUCAACUUAUUCAAAAGAUUAAAACAAAAACUUUAUAAUAAAUAAAUACAUGAACUUUCAUCUUAUUCAUUGAACAAUAAUAAUGCUAAUACUGAUUAGUAAUCAUUUUUCUACCGCAGUGUUGAUCAACUUUAUUACAAAAUCAAAUAAGAUAAUGAGUCUAAAGAAAAACGAAAAAAAACAAGUGAAUAUUGACAACAAAGAGAAGUGACUGAUUCUUUACACUUUUUAUUAUCUAAUAAAUGAGAUUACUUAUUGUUUUAGUUAACUUAUUAUGCUAAAACAAAGUGAAUAUAUAAUUGGAGUGACUCCAAAGGUUACGACUGAAAUAGCCAAUUAGGUUUUCUUAAAUUUUAGCUGGCAAGGUAAUUUAUCAUAAAAUAAAGAAGUCUUAUUGGUUAAUUCAGUUAUGGUUAGGGUGGCUUUUUAAGUAUGAGGAUAAAACAACAUGUAAAUUAAGUUGAACUGAAAUUACGACAUGGGUUUGUAAUAUUUGUAAAGCGGAUGAGAUACAUCAUUACAAUUAAUUUAAAGGUAAUAUUCAUCACAGACUGAUAUCAGUUGGGAAACCACUUGAAACCUAGGAGCACUGAACAGCUGUUUGUUCCUACUAUGGGACUUGUCAGCGGUACGCACCUGCAGGGGAUCGAACUCAGAACCUUCAAGUUUUAUGACAAACGCGUUAGCCAUCCAGCCACUAGAUAGGUUUCUAGGGGUUCACAGUUUCCAACUUGUCAAUUCAUGAUAUAGCGUGACUACCACCCAAGGUCUUCAGUUGACAUUCACUUUACUUCCGACUAGUUGACCCCACAAGUCAUGGCUUUUCACUAGAACUUCGUGAUAUCCAUCUCGAAGCAUGUCAUUAUUGAGCACUAUACAGUAAUGUAUUUUUGAGAUGAAUGGGGAUUUUAAUUAAGAGGUAGUAUUCAUCACGGACUGACAUCAAUUGGAGGACGAUUGGAAAUCUAGGAGCACCAGAUGGGUGUUUCGCCCUAGUAUGGGACUCCGCAGCAGAAAACUCAAAAAUAAACUAGUUUAAACAUAAGUUUGUAUAUUUUUUCAAGAACAGUUUCUCAGACUACGCUCCAGGCGAUUUCGUAAUAAAUACUCUCUUGUCUUUCAAAGUCAAAAGGGUCAUUCAGUAGCUUCCUUCUGUCUUCUACCACUGAAAAGUAAUGAAUGUUUCGUUUUGAAGGUACCUUAGUGGAUUGCUUUCCUAAUCAUUAUAUUUUUAUUGAGUAUUUCUUCAUAAAUUAUCCACUUCACGUCGAUUUAUAUCUUCAUAAUGUAGUUUUUAUUUUAUUUUGUGUGGCGCAUUUUUUGAAGUCAAAGGAGAUACUAGCAUCAGCUGAUGAUCUGAACAAAGCUAAAGGUCGAGAACAACUAGUUUUUUCUAUUAUAGAAAUUCAUAACCAUUUUGCUUUUCAGUUGCUGAUACAAUACAACUAAGUAGCUUUGGAAUUUGUCAUCUUUAGGGUGUCAUUUAUUCAUUCACCAUAUCGGAAUCGAAUCGUUGGCAAAAGUAACGUAUGAGCAUCGCUAAGGCAGAAUUUUGAACUCGCGGUUAUUUGAAAAAAUAAAUCACAGAAUUGAGCAUAUGAUUGUUUCUUGAAUACAAAUUUAUCCAAAAUCCUACAACUAUCAAGGGUUAAAAGUUACGUAGCAUUUUAUUUACAGGAUAAAUGAGGGGCAGCUGAUAGCUUAGCUGGAUUUAACAUAAUCAAUCCCCUUGAUGAACUAGAAUAAUGCAAUGAGAACACUGUUUGUAGAAUAAGAUGUUGUCAUUUUAUCUCACAGAGCUUUCAUCAGCUGCAUGAAACCUAAAUAAAUAUGACAUGAAUAUACAAAAGUGUAGGCGUUGAAGACGUGGAAUGAAGGAUGAAAUCCCAAAUGUCCAGCACAGAUGAGUUUAGUCAAUAUAGACACAUUUAUGAGGAGAGGAAAGAGGUAUUCUGGGAUGAGUCACCGGAAUUUAGAUAUCAUGAAAGGCAGUUGAGGAAUCAUAUAGAUAGCUAUGCAUACAAAACUGACCGAUGAGAAAAAUCAGAAAAAUAUACUGAAGCUGGCAGCCGCGAAGUCAAUGAUAAUGAUAACAAGCAAUCUGAGAAUGAUGAGGGUUAGAGAAGAAGAAAACUAAAAGUCUAAAAACAGGAGUUUGGAAAAAGAUGGAAUAGUUUUGAAGAAUAAAGUCAUCCAUGGGAAUUAUAAACAUGUUUUAGCGAUGUGUUGAUUUCAAGUUGAUAUUCAUUGCGGAUAUACAUCAGUUAGCUAACCGCUGAAAAACUGCGAGUAAUGAGCAGCUGUCCUCUCCCAGUAUGGAAUUCCCCAGCAGUGCAAACCAAUGGCCCUUCCAGAGAUCGAACCCAGGACCUUCAGGUUUCUGCGGCGAGCACGUUACCAUUAGAUGAACUUAGCACUAUAUUGCGAAUUGUGAACCAUUGACUUCGGACCCAGUGGGAUAACAACAACGUGAUGCCUGCCAAAAACUUAAGGUUUUGGGUGCGACUGCGGAAGAGUCCUGUGCUAAGAUAGAACAGCUCUCCAUUGCCUCAAGGUCUCCGAUGAUUCUCCAACUGAUUCUAGUCCAUGAUAAACACCAAUCCUUCUUCCACUUGUACUAACCGCUUCCUUACUACUAUUUUAAUUCCGGGUUAAAAGUAGCAUAUGUUUAAGAGUUGCUCAAGGAAUAGCUUAGGGACACAUUGACCAUUCAAUGAUCAAGCGUCAAUAGAUUAAAUAUACCUAUAAAACACCGGAUAAACUAUACACCCAGUAAAAAUAUCAAAGAAAAAUGGGGGAUAAAAAUAGUAGCGGAAACAGUAACAGAUUAAAAUUAAUUGGUGAAGUAUGUAAAGAUAUAUCUUAUCCAACAACACAAACGGUAUACAAUCGAAGACGGUCAGAGAAUCAAUCUCAUUGAAUAUUGAAUCAAAGACUUUAUAGGCUAAAAAAGUAUGAGACGUAAAAAGAUAUUUGUACGAGAAAAACGUAAAUUCAUCAUGACUUAUUAAUAAAUCAGCUAACUGAUACACGUGUAGACAUUGAUAAACAAUUGAAACUUACAGAGAAAGAACUUAUACAAAUGAUGAAGUAUAUCGUACAAUAUCUUGUUAAAAUAUCCAGUUUGUAUUGAUUCAUAGUCAGACAAAUCAAUUUCUAUGAUUGGCGAUCUGUUCGCUGAUUUUCAUGUUUUACUUAAUUUAAUAUUCAAUGCUUAAGGGGUCAACUAGAUCAUCAGAAGUAUUUAUUUCAUUGAUCUUAGGAGUUAGUCAAUUGAAACAAUCAGUUUAUUAUUAGCUAAUAAAAUGAAAUAUUAACAUAAUUAUGUAGUAAUCAUGAAUGUAUAUUUCACGUCAUUAUGGAUUUUUAGAUGAAUGCGAACAACACUAUAGUCGACGUUUAUGGAAAUCAACUAUGAGUACAUUCGAUUGUCUACAACUUCCUGUUAUCAUUGAUGAUACAAA